AUCAAAUCGGUAAGAGGUGACAGCUAUGAGUUUGGCGUCCUGUCACCCUUCCGAUCAGUACUAGGCCAGUGACGUCAUUACGGUUCAUGUCCGGCUGGCGGUGGUGACGGCAUGGAGCAAGCCUUGAGGGAACUGGCAGCUCAUCUAGGAGUGUGCUCAGGGGGCCCGGGCUCCCAUCUGGACGCCAACGACUGGGAUUUCCUGGAUAUUGAUAUGGAGGAUAUUGAUCUGCGAUCGCUGCCCAGCUCCAUCAUCUGCUGCAACCUGGACACCAGCGUGUUCUAUGAUGGCCGCUGCAGGAUGAAGUUUGAAUCCCUGUUCAGAACGUUUGACAAAGAGGCCACCUUCCAGUACUUCAAAAGCUUUAAGAGGGUGAGAAUCAACUUCAGUAGCCCGCUAUUGGCUGCGGAGGCCAGGAUCCAACUGAACAAGAUGGAGUUCCUGGGGAAGGAGAUCAAGCUGUACUUUGCUCAGACUUUACACAUAGGCAGUUCUCAUCUGGCUCCUCCAAAACCCGAGAAGCAGUUUCUCAUCUCACCACCUGCAUCUCCUCCAGUGGGCUGGAAGCAAGAAGAAGAUGCCACCCCAGUUAUGAAUUACGAUCUCUUGUACGCCAUUUCCAAGCUUGGCCCAGGGGAGCAAUACGAAUUACAUGCAGCCACAGACACAACCCCCAGUGUGGUGGUCCACGUGUGCGAGAGCGAUCCCGAAAACGAGCUUGAAGUGGAGGAGGACGAGGAUGGCAGCCGUAAUGGCAAACCAAAAAUCAUCCAGACCAGGAGGCCAGAAUACAUGCCCAUGCAUCUAAGCUGAAGGAGAAGCCACAGCCAACUUUGAGAUUUGACGUCUAUUUCGCUCCACAAAACAACGUGAAGAUGGUGGGACGCAGCCUAGGACAUUGGCGACAGUGGCUGUUUAUAUACCCGACUUAGCUGUCCUGGUGUGUCUCCUACUUUGUUUUUGUAUGAGUCAGUCGCCGUGUUUUAUAUUGGGCGGGCCAAGGCCUCAUCGUGGGAAAGAGGCGAAGAGCAGAUACUGUUUUUGAAGCCGUGUAGC